UUUCUGAUUUCCCCUCACCCACUCUCUCUCUCUCUUCACAUUCAAAAGUCAGCGCCUUCUUUUGUCUCUUUUUUCCCAUACUCUCUCUCUAAAAAAAGUCAAGGGGCAUCAGAGCUGGGAUUGGGAAGUAAUGGAAGACGAUUGGGAUCUAUAUGCGGUGGUCAGAGGCUGCGCUGCCUCCACCGCUUCCUCUUCUUCUCCGGUUUCCUCCGCCGCCACCGCCACCGCCGCCGCUAGCACAACCUCCUUGUGUAGCUUCCAACCAAGGCAAGACCAAGACUUGCUUCGCGUACAAGAUCUGUUCGAAUUUGGGGCAUCCUCAUCAUCAUCAAUAAAUGAGAGCAUCUGCACCAGUAGGUGGUGUUUCAACGAAGAGUUGCAUGAUCUCUAUAAACCUUUUUUUCCGCCACCGCCACCGCCGCCGCUUCCUCCUCAGGCAUGUUUUCAGCAAAAGCAGCUGGCUUUCUCCCCUUCACAGCCCACCCCAAUCUCUCCCCUCUCUGUUCUUGGAGGAUUGCAAGAUCUAUCGCCCACCCACCAAAUCCUCAACUCCCAUAUCUCUUCUUCCUCUGCUCCGAUUAUUCUCCCAAAGAAGCCAUCUUUCCCUCUAAAUAUUGCUUCUACACCCAUAUCUUCUUCUGCUCAUGUUCCAUGCCCAAAAGGCAAAAGAAGAAAGAACCAGCUAAAGAGGGUUUGCCAAGUACCAGCGGAGGGUUUAUCUUCUGAUGUGUGGUCUUGGAGAAAAUAUGGGCAAAAACCCAUCAAAGGCUCCCCAUACCCAAGGGGCUAUUACAGAUGUAGCACAUCAAAGGGGUGUUUGGCCCGAAAGCAAGUGGAGCGGAAUAGAUCCGACCCGAAUAUGUUUAUCGUGACCUACACAGCAGAGCACAACCACGCCAUGCCUACCCACCGGAACUCGCUCGCAGGGAGCACCCGCCAGAAGCCCCCGACGCCUUAUCAAGCGGAAACCUCCGGCGAUGGCCGCAAUCCAGCGAAUACAUCGCCGGCGUCUUCUCCGGCGCCGGAAAAGCAAGAAAGCAGCAGGGACGAUGAUAUCUGCGAGGAGGAAGAGGAUGAAUAUGGCGUGUCCAAUAUGGCACCGGACAGGGUGGAGGAGGCCCCAGAGGACGACUUCUUCGAGGGACUGGAAGAUCUCGCCGGAGAUUGCUUCCCUGCUAAUCUACCUGCCACCGGCAUGCAAUUCCCGUGGCUGGCGAACAAAGCGGCAACGACGGCCGCCGGCGGUGGUUGACUGGCAGCCUAAAAGUGCAGCGGUGAAAGAAAAGGAUGCUUUUCUUCUCACUCACUUCUCCUGCACUUUCUUGUUGUAGUUUUUUUGGCCGUUACAGAGUAGAGUGAGAGACGGAGACAGAAUCGCAUAAUCGCAAUCUUCUAGUACGUGUUACCGUAUGAUUCUCCUCCAUUAUGCGCCGAUUAUAGAUGUCAAAGAAACAUAGAUUCCGAUUAUUUCGUUUUCUUUCUUUCUAUUCUUUCCCCAAAACAAAAACCAGAAAAAAGAAUCCAGGCAGGUAGUGAGUACAAUAUUCUGUCUAGUAUAGGUAGAAUUUCACCCCAAAUAGCCUUUACAGUUAGAGUCCUUAUUGUUCAUUGUAUGAUCAGAGUACAUAUUUAUCUAUAUAUACUUUUUCAA